AUGUUCCACUUAGGCCUGGAUCGGUUUCGAGGCAACUACCUCCAUAGCUGGGAUUAUAAGAAUCCAGAAGCCUUCAAGGGGAAGAGGGUCCUCGUGAUCGGUCUGGGGAAUUCGGGGUCUGAUAUUUCUGUUGAGCUCAGCCGUCUGGCUACACAGGUCAUUAUCAGUACCAGAAGUGGUUCCUGGGUCAUGAGUCGGGUCUGGGAUGAUGGCUAUCCUUGGGAUACGGUGUAUGUUACCCGCUUUGCAUCCUUUCUCCAGAAUGUCCUUCCUUCAUUCGUCUCUGACCGGUUAUAUGUCCAGAAGAUGAACACGUGGUUUAAGCAUGAGAACUAUGGCCUGAUGCCUUUAAACGGGUACUUAAAAAUAGAAUUUUUUUUUCAAAAAAGGGGGAAAAAAAAAAAAAAAAAAAAGAAAGAGCUUUGGUUUGGCCAGAGCCAGACUUUGCAGACAGAUUACAUCACAUAUAUGGAUGAGCUGGGCUCUUUCAUAGGGGCCAAGCCUAACAUACCAUGGCUCUUCCUGACAGAUCCCCGCCUGGCCCUGGAGGUGUACUUUGGCCCUUGCAGCCCAUAUCAGUUUCGACCGAUGGGACCAGGGAAGUGGGAUGGGGCCAGAAAUGCCAUCCUGACCCAAUGGAACCGGACAGUGAAGCCAACCAGGACAAGAGUUGUCAGUGAAGCUCAGCGACCCCACCCCUUUUACAAUUUGCUUAAAAUGCUUUCAUUCCCAUUACUCCUUCUGGCUGCUACACUUACAUUUUAUUAAUGAGAAAGUCUUUGAGGUCUCAAAGUUCAGAGUAGAAGUGUAAUCACACAAUACAACACACACACACACACACACACACACAAUCACAACAUAGUUCCUCUCUCCUUUCCUGAAGAUAUGAAAAUCAGUCUUGGCCUAUUUGAAUUAAAGUAUAAGUAAAAUGGAAAA